AUAGGUACCACCACCCGAACAAUUGUAUUCAAUUUGAUGAAGGGAAGAAGAGGGCAUAAAUUGAAUUUUCUUCCCGCCUCAAAUCAUCGAGGGCAACGAUGGUAUCCAAAAGAAAUGCUGUCUGCGCUGAAAACGAAGGCCUGGCCGCGUUUCUCUUCGAGAAAUGGGAAGAAAUGGCUGCCCAAGACAAGUUCACCGAACGUAUGGGUGCCACUCUCUCUACGGCUUACAAAAACCUCUGCGAUCACAAGGAUCCCAUCCUCCACCUCAAAGGAGCCAGAAACGUCAAAGGAAUUGGAAAUUGGACGUUGGAGCUAAUGAAGGAUUAUUUCGAGAGUAAUGUGAAUGAACAUCCUUCGAGUCAGGAAGUGUUGGAACCAAGAGUCAAAAAGAGCAGGGGUUCAGGUCGAUAUCUACCCCAAAAGAGUUCUGCACCAUAUGCAAUUUUGAUUGCUCUUUACAGGGGAACUCAAAAUGAAAAGGAGUAUAUGUUGAAGCAGGAACUUAUUGAUGCAGCUGAAGCUAGCGGGCUUUCAAAAUUGGCUAUUGGGCCAUCGAAGAGCAGUGCAAAUCCUGGACGAUUUGGGAACCAGCCCAAAGAAUGGUAUUCUGGGUGGAGCUCGAUGAAGACAUUGAUAGCAAAAGGACUAGUUGUGAAGUCAAGUUCUCCAGCAAAGUACAUGCUGACAGAAGAAGGAAAAAUAACAGGAAAGGAGUGCCUGGAAAGAUCAGGUUUACUCAACGAUGGACCUCCUCAAAUAUGCAGUCAGCAGAUUACAGAAGUGGUGUCUAGUGUAAAGGGUGUUUGUACUGGAACAUCAUCAUUGUCCAAGCACAGGGAAGAAGAUAAUAUAAUACUAGGAGCUACAAAGCAAGGAAAUAAUGCAUGCCAUGCAAAGAUGAAGGUACCCGCUUCACGGGAGAUCAGGAGCCGGCCUUCCGUAGCAACUGAAUUUGUUGACAAAGAACAAGCUGAAACUUCAUCUCUGCAAUUAAAGCAAAGUUUCAGAAAGGAGCUUCAUCCUUGUUCAGUACCUAAUAAGACAGCAGAUUUAGGGGAAGAUGAUUUAAGGAAAAGUUUACAAACAGAACCUACAAAAACUUCAAAUUUGAGUCAUAAUACUGAGCUAUUUUCGUCAACUUUAAGAGCUUGUACAUUUUCUAGUUUAAGCCAUCACCACCAUAAAAAUUCAGAUCCAAAUCCUGAUAGAGUUAACACAAAUGUCUUAGCAACACCCCCCCUGGGAAAUAGUGACAGAUUUUCUGACUUGUAUGAUGUAGUACUCAUCUUGGAUGACCGUGAACAGUUUGGACGUGAUAGUCAGGGGGCUCACAGUAGACAGAAAGUUGCUGAUCGCUUGAUAUCACAAUUCAAAAUCCAGGUUGAGAUAAGGCGCUUACCAAUUGGAGAUGCAACUUGGAUAGCUCGACAUAAACACACAGGACAAGAAUAUGUGUUAGAUUUCAUAGUCGAGAGGAAAAAAGUAGAUGAUUUGAAUAGUUCAAUAAAAGAUAAUCGCUAUAAGGAUCAAAAACUGAGGCUUAUGAGGUGUGGACUCCAAAGAUUGAUUUAUCUGAUUGAGGGAGAUGCAAACCUGACAGAUGCAUCAGAGAGCAUUAAAUCUGCGGCUUUCACCACAGAGAUACUUGAAGGAUUUGAUGUUCAGAGAACACGGGAUUUAGCAGACACAGUAAGAAAGUAUGGCUAUCUGACGCUGUCUAUAGAGGAUUACUAUAAUAUAGCAGGUCGGGUGACUGGAAAUGAAAUGGAUAAGCCUUGUAUGACUUAUGAUGAAUUUGUCACCAAGUGUCGUGACCUUGACAAGGAAACUGUUAGUGAUGUAUUUGGUGUACAGUUAAUGCAGGUGCCACAAGUUACAGAGGAUGUUGCACUCGCAGUGUUGGAUCGCUAUCCUUCAGUGCUUUCUCUUGCUCAAGCGUAUUCUCGUCUUGAGGGGAAUCAUGAUGCUCAAGAAAAACUGUUAAAAGAAAUUCCCAUACAUAACCAGAGCAAGAUAAUUGGUGGAAUAAUUAGUAAGAACAUCUACAAAUUCAUUUGGGGUGAAGGAACAUAACUGUUUUAUUUAUUUCUGACUGUUAUAUAACAAUGAGAUGAAUUUUACUGACAUAAUUGAAAAUCAUCAUGAACCGGGUUGUAUCUAUUGAGCAAAAGUAACAGUUAAAUUGCAAGGGAAUUAGUGGAUAUAUGAUUAUAUCUGCUAGACGCCUAUAUAUAUGCUUCUACAAGGAAAGUGGCUGUUUGUAUCCAAAGGGCUUUGACUUCUGUCCAUUCUUUGCCCUUACAUCUGUUCAUUUUGCUAAUUAUUCCAUUUGCAAAAGUAUGUUCAAGUCUUUUCUUUGUAUCCAAAGGUCUUUGGCUUCUAUCCAUUCUCUAACCUUUCAUCGGUUCAUUUUGUU